ACCAGCCUAACAGAGGGACCAAAAGACCCCGUGAUGAAGAGGAAGAGGAAAUCAAAGCACGUCGGAAACAAGCCAGUGCCCGAGAGCAUGGCCGUCACAGGGAAGAGGAGUCUGCUGCCCUGGAAGAAACUGAUGAUGAGAAGAAGAAACUCCUUCAGAUAAUUGAGAGGGAUGGAGAAGAGGAAGAUGAGGAAGAGGAACCUUUGGAUGAAAGUUCAGUGAAGAAGAUGAUUCUCACCUUUGAGAAGAGAUCCUACAAAAACCAGGAGCUGCGGAUCAAGUUUCCCGAUAAUCCAGAGAAGUUUAUGGAGUCAGAGCUGGAUUUAAAUGACAUCAUUCAGGAAAUGCACGUGAUCGCGACGAUGCCCGGCCUGUAUCACCUGCUGGUGGAGCUGAACGCUGUGCAGUCUCUGCUUGGGCUGCUGGGACAUGACAACACAGAUGUUUCCAUAGCUGUGGUUGACUUGCUGCAAGAGCUGACUGAUAUUGAUACUCUCCAUGAGAGUGAAGAAGGAGCUGAAGUCCUCAUAGACGCUCUUGUGGAGGGCCAGGUCGUGGCCUUGUUGGUCCAGAAUUUAGAGCGCCUGGAUGAAAGUGUGAAAGAGGAGGCUGAUGGUGUCCACAACACCCUGGGAAUCGUGGAGAACAUGGCAGAGUUCAGGCCGGAGAUGUGCACGGAGGCCGCACAGCAGGGCCUUAUGCAGUGGCUGCUCAAGAGGCUGAAGGCUAAGAUGCCUUUUGAUGCCAACAAGCUGUACUGCAGUGAGGUGCUGGCGAUUCUGCUCCAGAAUAAUGAUGACAACAGAGAAUUGCUUGGGGAGCUGGAUGGGAUCGAUGUGCUGCUUCAGCAGUUAUCUGUGUUUAAACGACACAAUCCAAGCACAGCAGAGGAGCAGGAAAUGAUGGAGAACCUGUUUGACUCCCUCUGCUCCUGCCUCAUGCUCAGCUCCAACCGUGAUCGCUUCCUGAAGGGUGAGGGUCUGCAGCUGAUGAACCUGAUGCUCAGAGAGAAGAAGAUUUCCCGCAGCAGUGCCCUGAAGGUGCUGGACCACGCCAUGAUUGGACCAGAGGGCACAGACAACUGUCACAAGUUUGUGGACAUCCUUGGGCUGAGAACCAUCUUCCCUCUCUUCAUGAAAUCACCUAAAAAGAUAAAGAAGGUUGGAACAACUGAAAAAGAACACGAAGAACAUGUCUGUUCUAUCCUGGCUUCCCUUCUGCGAAACCUGAGAGGGCAGCAGAGGACACGGUUACUGAAUAAAUUCACAGAGAAUGACAGUGAGAAGGUUGAUCGGCUGAUGGAACUGUAUUUUAAGUACCUGGAUGCAAUGCAGGCAGCUGAUAAGAAGAUUGAUGGGGAGAAACACGACAUGGUGCGUCGAGGAGAAAUCAUAGACGAUGACAUGGAAGAUGAAUUCUAUCUCCGUCGUCUGGACGCUGGGCUCUUUGUGCUGCAGCUCAUCUGUUACAUCAUGGCAGAGAUCUGUAAUGCCAAUGUUCCCCAGAUUCGUCAGAGAGUCCACCAGAUCCUGAACAUGAGAGGCAGCUCCAUUAAAAUUGUUCGACACAUCCUGAAGGAGUACGCGGAGAACAUCGGGGACGGGAAGAACCAGGAGUUCAGGGAGAGCGAGCAGAAACGGAUCCUGGAUCUGCUGGAGAAUUUCUGAGGCCCUGGGAGACACCUCUGUGUCUGCCCACAAGGACCUGGCGCCAGUGCUCCCUCCUCCUGCCCCUCCUCCAGCCUCUCUUGCACGAUCAAAGUGAUGUUUCUAUGAAACUGCUUCUAAAUGGGAUUUGGGAGAUAUUAAAGAUAGUUUGCUUUUUUUUUUA